AUGCCAACCAUCAAAACGACGACCAUGACACGUCAAGUAGACGAAACCUUUUCAUCUUCCAACCUAAAGAGGGACGAGUUCACAGAGUCUGAUCAUUCCGAUAUUCCGCUUGAAAAAGAGGAAUGGCCUGUCAUUAUCAUCGGCUCGAGCAUGGUUGGCAAAACCCUGGGCCUCCUGCUUGGUUAUCAUGGUGUCAAGUCGAUGUCGUUUGAUCGCCAUGCCGCUGCUGGGACCCAUCCUCGGGCGGCUGGCUUGAACUUCAGGACAAGCGAGAUCCUUCGUCAGCUAGGACUUGAGGACUUUACAUUGGAGCAAAGUGCGCGUGAAUUUGAUCUCAACGCCGGCAUGCUUCUAGUUGAGAAGCUCGUGGGCGGUAAAGUCUUGAAGCAUCUCCAAGAGCAUGACCCAGAAAAGGUCAAUGACAUCACGCCCUCCAGCUGGGUGUGGAUUUCUCAACGCAUGUUCGAACCCAUCCUCGGCGCUCACUCGGACAAGUACGACAGUGUGCAACUGCACGGACACGAAGUUCUACUUUACGAAGAGCUCGAGGAUGGAGUGGUGGUUGUGGUCAAGAACCUAGAUUCGGGUAUUAUUAGAAAGUACAAGGCGCAAUAUGUGGUCGCCUGCGAUGGAAACCGAAGCCCAACCCGCCAGAAAGAAGGCAUCUCUUGGGAUGGACCAGGUGUCCUCAGGAACAGCCUUAGCGUCAGCUUCAAGUCUGACCUCAGCCCUUUCAUUGGCAAGAGAAUGGUUCAUGGCGUCAUCUAUGUGGCAAACGAGAAGAUUGGUGGCGGCUUUCGUCUCGAAAACGAAGGAAAGGAGGGGCUUCUCAUGGUGAACAACGUGGGACCCAAGGCCGACUUUGCACCCGGAUCCGUUACUUUGCAAGAGGCUAGAGAAUAUUUUUAUGCGUGUUCCGGCCUUGCUCCGGAUCAAGUGUCGCUUGACAUUCAGUCCAUGAACUUUUGGACGAUGGCGGCAUAUACAGCCGGCAUCUUUGCCAGCAAAGGUGGGCGUGUCUUCCUUGCUGGAGAUGCUGCUCAUACCAUGCCACCGACUGGAGGUUUGGGAGGAAACACUGGGAUUGCAAUAUGCUGUCUGUUUGAUAUCGAAUGCCGCAGGACUCGAACUGACUUAUUUGUGAUAGGACGCUCACAACAUCGCAUGGAAGCUUGCCCGAUAGAUGAGUUCACCGUCCUGGAAGCCUACAACCGAUUCCAAAACCGAGUUGUGAUUCAACAACCACCUGCCCCCGAAGCUCCCGAUAUCGCCAUAGAACUGGGAUACAGAUAUCCCCGGGGCGCCUUUCUGCCGGAGCAUCAUUACGAGGUUCCGAAAAAGCUCUACGACGAUCCAUCUCUCCCGACAGCGGUGCCAGGAUCCAGGUUUCCGCAUGCUUUUCUUGAGGACACUUCGAGUCCCAAUAAACGCAUCUCGACAAUUGAUCUCGUGAAGAAGAAUUUCGUGCUCAUCACCAUCGAGCCAGAUUCCCCCUGGGGCCUAGCUGCUGGUCAAGCCCCCAUCGAGUUGGAUGUACACGCUCUGCACGCGAAGUCUAGUCCGUACAGGGACUCAAAGGGCUUGGUUGAAAGGAAGUGUCGCCUCAAUAUUGGUGAAGCGAUUCUUGUACGACCUGAUGGUUUCAUUGCUUGGCGAGGCGAGAGGUCCGACGAUGGCCAUGUCGCACAAUUAAAUGGUGCAUUGGAGGCCAUUUUGAAGAAAAGAUUUUAG